UUGAACGGGCCGGGUCGUUUCACAUUGAUCCAAAACGUAUUGUUCACGGAGCGUACCGGUACGGCUCUCCUUCUCCUCCCCUGCGAAGUCCGAUCUCUUGAAGCCAAACCGAACCCUAACCCUAAUCCUAGAAACAGCGGUCGAUGAAGUGAGCGCCGAAACCCAUGGAAGGGGCUGCCAUUACGCUGCCCCGCUCCUCUGACCUCUCUCCCGCGCUCCGGCGCUUCCUCUCGAGCUCCUUCGAGGCCAUAGACGACCUGCCGAGAUCCGUCCACCUCGAAUCCGAUCUCAGAUCCAGCUGCACGAAUCUUGAGGCGUCUCUCUCGGAUCUCGGCCGCCGGCUGUCCGAUUCCGUCGCCUCCUACGCCGCCCACUCGGAUCAGGUCUCUUCCGCUCUCGGAGGGGUGAAAUCGGGACUGCGAGAUCUUAGAUUGAGCGUUUCGAGGCACAGUUCAGAUGGAUUUGGGAGAAGCGAGCAGAUAUUGGGGGAGGAGCUGCCGGCGCUUGCGAAGGAGGUGGCCAGGGUUGAGACAGUGAGAGCUUAUGCUGAGACAGCAUUGAAACUUGACAGCUUGAUUGGUGAUGUAGAAGAUGCAGUCUCUUCUUCAGUGACCACUAAACUCAGAUCUCCUACUAAUUCAGUUGUUUCAGAGGAAUCUAGGCUCAUUGCCAUCAACUCUCUCAAGGAAAUUGAAGAUAUCUUAACAUCUGUUUCCAAAACCCGGCCUCAAUGGUCUCAGCUUGUUUCAGCUGUUGAUCACAGGGUUGAUCGAGCCCUAGCUGUCCUGCGACCCCAAGCAAUCUCAGACCACCGCUUGCUUCUUUCUUCACUUGGUUGGCCUCCUUCCCUCUCUGGUUCUAGCUUUUCUACCACAAACACUGGGAGUAAACAAGCCAAAAUCUCAAAUCCUCUGUUCACAAUGGAUGGGGACUUGAAGAGCAAGUACUUUGAGAGUUUCCUCUCCCUUUGCCGUCUUCAGGAGUUACAGAGUCGCAGAAAAACCAGGCAGCUUGAAGGCCAGAAUCUAGCUAUGGCUGCUUUCCGCCAACCUCUUUGGGUAAUCGAAGAGCUUGUGACCCCAAUCUCUUUAGCAUCCCAACGCCACUUCUUGAAGUGGGCCGGGAAGCCCGAGCUUAUAUUUGCUCUUGUCUACAAAACCACAAGGGAUUUCAUCGACUCAAUGGAUGAAGUGUUGCAACCUCUUGUUGACAAGGCCAGACUUGUGGGUUACAGUUGCCGAGAGGAGUGGAUUUCAGCAAUGGUGACUUCACUUUGCACAUAUUUAGCCAAAGAGAUCUUCCCUAAAUAUGUUGAUCUCCUUCAAGAUGAUAGCAGGGCUUCCUUUCUUCAUCUCGUUGAUCAGAUGAUAUCAUUUGAUAAGAGAACAUUGACCUUGAUUUCAAAUUCUGGGUUGUUAUUAUCACUAAAGGAAGAUGAGAAUCUACAGAGAGUCUCUGUUCUAUCAGUCUUUUGUGAUCGCCCAGAUUGGCUCGAUAUAUGGGCAGAGGUCGAGAGAAUGGAGAUGCUAGACAAAUUAAAAUCUUCACUUCAGAUAGAGAAAAGUUGGAGCACAAGGCUUCAAGGAACAAUACUGAUGACUGGCUCAGAAGACUACAAAUCUCCCGUGAUCUCUGGCGUUCUCUUCCAAUGUCUCUCUACCAUUGUUGACCGGUCUAGGCCUCUUCCAAGCAUUUUAUUGAGGGCGAGCUUCAUCAGACUCGCUGGAACUCCACUAAUACGGGAAUUUCUUGAUUUCCUUCUACGUCGAUGUCAGGAAGCAGAGGGCCUCACUGCUUUAGCAGAUGAUGAUGCCUUGAUCAAGGUCUCAAACCCCAUCAAUGCAGUCAGGUACUCUGAGUCCAUACUAUCAGAAUGGUUGGAGGAUGUGUUCUUCCUCGAGAUGGAGGAAGAAGGCAAGUCUAUAUUUGACGAGGAGAUUGAAGGGUUGAGAGUGUUUCGAACAGAAUGGAUUGAGAAGGUGUCAACAGUGGUUUUGAGAGGCUUUGAAGCACAGUGCAGAGACUACUUCAGGAACAAGAAGCAGUGGCAGGAGAAGGCCGAAGGAGGCUGGGCCGUGUCGAAAACCUUUGUUGGAGUUUUAGACUAUCUUCAAGGAAAGAUUUCAAAGCUGGAGGAGAAUUUGAAUGAGAUGGAGUUCAUCACAUUGUGGAGGAAUGUAGCUGGAGGAGUUGAUGGGCUUGUUUUUGGUGGUGUUUUGAUGGGCGGCGGGAGGUUUUACGAUGGAGGCGUGGAGAGAUUUGGUGGGGAUGUAGAGGUUUUAUUUGGGGUUUUCAGCAAGUGGUGCUUGAGGCCGGAGAGGUUUUUUCCGAGGCUGAGCGAUGGUUUGAGGGUGUUGAAGAUGGAGGAGAGGGAGGUGAAGGAGGAGAUGAGGAAGGGGAAGGAGAGAUGGUUGAGGGAGAAGGGGAUAAGGCAUUUGAGUUUAGGAGAAGCUGAGAAGAUAGCGAAGAAUAGGGUUUUCAUGGGAUAGUAGAGCUUAGAAGCUAAGCGAUUCAUGGAAAUUGUUCAUGCAGCGAUGUGCAGGGGACUGCCAAUUAUGUUUUUGUUGAGGUAAUUUUCUACUUCUUCUUCUGCGGUUAGAUUGUUGUACAUGGGUUUAUAGCUUACAGACAAUUUUUUCUUUUUCUUUUUUUUUUCCUUUUUUUUAUGCAAGUUUAAUUCAUUCCUUCAAGACCCAAGGAUGCAAUAAUCUUCAAGUUAAUAUAUAUAUAACUAAUUCAGUGUGCAAGCU